AAGCUCUUUAUUUUGCGCAUGUACGGCUAAAGUGAACAUUACAUCGACUCCAAGAUGGCGUUAACACGGCUGACUUGCGUGCUGGUUCUCCUCAACAUAUAUUGCUAUAUCAGCAUCUUGGCAGUGAUGCUCACAACUUUAAAUCAAUCCCCAUGGGCCAAUGAAUUUGAAUCAAUUGAGCUGUCUUGCUUGAUAAAAUCAAUCUCCACAGUCAGUCCCAGGAUAGAAUGGAAGAAGAUUAAGGAUGGGAAACCAAGUUAUGUCUAUUUUGAGAAACAAAUAGCAGGUGACUUGGAGAACAGAGCAAAGAUUCGAGAGCCUGCGACUUUAGUCAUUCUUAAUGCAACAAGAUCAGACACUGCACAGUACCGCUGUGAAGUUACUGCCCCCGACGACCAGAAGAACUUUGAUGAGAUUCUGAUAGAUCUUGUCAUUAGAGUGAAGCCUGUGGUGCCCACAUGCUACGUGCCCAAGUCUGUGCCAGUGGGGCAGUCAGCCGAGCUGUCGUGCAUGGAGAACGAAGGCUUCCCCAAGUCCCAGUACCAGUGGUUCCGCAACCAUGAGGAGAUCCCUGAAGACCCCAAGAGCAGUCCCAAGUUCCUCAACUCAUCCUACGUGCUGAACAGCGCAAUGGGCACGCUGAAAUUCAGUGAUGUGAGAAAGGAGGAUGACGCCCAGUAUUACUGCAGAGCUAAGAAUGAGGCAGGCUUGGCUCAGUGUGCCCCACAGAGGAUGGAAGUGUACGACAUUAACAUCACCAGCAUUGUUCUGGGAGUGCUGGUGGUACUGGUGGUCCUCUUGUGUAUAACUGUGGGCAUCUGCUGUGCAUACAGAAGAGGUUACUUCACCACCCAGAAGCAGACAGGAAGCAAUUACAAAGCUCCAGGAAAGAAUGACGGAGUGGAUUAUGUCAGAACAGAAGAUGAGGGGGAUUUCCGACACAAAUCCUCGUUCGUCAUCUGAGGCAGGGUGAGGCGCAGACAAAGAAAGACAAGCAUGUUGGUGUUGUGUGCAGUAUCUCGGGCACACAACACGAGCCCAACACUCACACCCAGGAAAGACUCUUAGCAGCGCAGCUUUACAGCGCGCAUGCAAAAACACAAUUCAAGUUUGCCAAAGGUGACAAUUCAUCAUUCACCAGUUAGACACAUUCAUCUCUAUAGAAGACCCGUGAAAUUUCCUCUUUUUAACCUUUUAUCACUGAAUGAAAAAGUGUUGCUUUCUUUUCAAUAACAGCUUACUAGAAAUCCAACAAGAACUAGAAAAGUGGACAAGUAAUGAAAGUAAUAUAGUGUUAUUGUAUACAUUUUGCUUUAAAAAUUGCUUGUUGUUUAUAUAACUUUUGUUUUGUACCAGCUAAAUGUGUCAGAAUAUUUUUUGAUGGAAUAUAUUUUAAAAUGCCUAUAGAAAAAAUGUUUACUUUUUUAAAUAUUUGUAAAUUACUAACACAGAAGCCAGUACAUGUUUAAUGUAAUGGAAAUAAAUAACCAUUUAACCUCUCUGUAGUUAUCCUUAAACAGUCAGCCAUACAAAUUCUGUAGUUUAAUAAAUGACACUCAGCCAUUUGAUGCUUAGUUCCCAACCUUUCCAUGUUUAGCUCUAUUUUUCUUUACUCCAAAUGACCUUCUGUAACAUAUUCAGUUUUACAGUUUUCUAAUUUCGUAUAUAUUCUUACGUUACUGCUGGGAUCUAAAUAGUACUAGUGUAAGGUUCCAUGUUAAUGUUUGUAGAUAGUCUUAGCAUUUUAAAAAUGCCAGCAAAAAGCUGGAAAUCACUGUAAACAGCCAAUAUGGCAUGUCCUUCACUUUAAGUGUCCUUCUUUGCUCAUUGUUCUUCUUGUACAUAAUGAAUAUAAUGUCCAGGUUGUGCUCUUUUUUAAAAGUGAAGAAUAUUUUCAGUAUUACUUUUUAAUAAAACAGGUUUCUUGUGUUAGCUAACAAAAUGUUGUGCUAGUUGUAAAUAGACUGUUACCCAACCUGGUUAUAAACAGUGUUCUGUUCGGUUUGAAUGUAAAACCUCCAGAAAGAGGCAAUCAUGAUGCUCUUUCCAUGGUUUAGGGUGGAUGAACUUACAGCCUGAGCAUGAGAAAGAGAGGAGCUGCCUUGUAGGCUGCUAUCUUUUACAGCAGCAAAAUGGCACAUUUAUCAAAUAAGUCAAACAUGAAAUAUACAUUUAAGAAUAUCUGAAGUACAAUCAAAGCUGAUACAAGCAAUGGUGGUUCAUAUGUAAUAAGUCAGGCAUUUUUAAUGAAGUUUGAUCAUGCACAAGUAGUUAGUAAAAUAAGUAAGAUAAAGAAAAAAUUCCUCUUAAGUGCCUUCCAGUGUGGUUGAACAAGGAUAAAAAAGCAUCUUUAAAUUAUUGUAUGCUGUUACAUUUAAUAAAAGAUAUGUCACUGUUUAAUCCAACUACUUUCCAAAUCAAUUUAUAAUCCUUUUAAGUCAUAGAUAUUUGUGAAACAAUGGGUGUUUGAGAGGAUUGAUAUGAUGCUGUUUUCAAGUUUCAAGUUUGGUUUAUUUGUCACAUACAUAGUUAUACACAGUAUAACUCGCAGUGAAAUGGUUGAGAGUGCUCUGUCCAAACUGAGGAAAAAGAAAACAGGGGUGCAUAGAGAAAUAUUCACCAACUCCUAAAUAGAAUUUAGGUUACUCUGAUAUCCAGGACACUAAUCAGAUUAUUAUUUUUUUUGUUCUUUGUAAAUAGUUUUUAAAAAUCAGUUCUGUUGCAUUGAUGUGCAUCGAUUUGAAAAAUACUUUUGUGAUUGAAAUAGAAAUAGAGAUUUUAUUAUGCACUAGUGCCUAAAUAUAGCAUGAAGAACUGUUCAAUUUAGACAAAAGCACUAUUAUUGAUGCAACAAAUACACACUCAGAGACAAAUGUACAGUUUACACACCUAGGUACUUGAAUAGCAGAGUGGGGCAUAUGCAUAAACUGAUUACAUAACGGCAGUUAAGACAUUUAAACUGCAUUAUACAAGUUCCAAUUUACUAUUGUCACCUGAGUGUUCAGCUGGUAAAAGUAAAUUGGACUGACUGGUUAUGUGGAACAUUGAACAUAUUCAAAUAUUGACUGGUCUUGGGAAUAAGUGUAUCUGGAGGUUAAAUUCACAUAUUGUCUCCUUUCUAAUUUCUGGGGGUUUGUUGUUGCUUUAAGGACUUUACUGAAACAAAUUUCAUUCACUGAAUGUUACAUCUCUUUGGUUUGACACUAGUACUGACCCUGUGUGAAUUCUUGAGCAGUAUCUUAUGUUUGUGAUUAAUAAAACUCACUUUGUAAGA